GUGUGCGAUGCUGAGCCACAGAUCUGCGUGGGGCUCGGUUCAGUGGAUCUCUGCUGCACAGUGCGCAGUGUUAGCGCAGACAUCACAGUGGACUAGUUUUAUCCGCAGUGGAAACAAACACACACCACAGUCCCGUGUGGAGCCGGAGACCGUGUGGAUUUUAACGUGUCCGUGACAGUGGGCGGACGGAACUUUACGCAAGGAGACAAAACAGCAGGUGAGUCUGCGAGGCUGCACCUGGACGGAUAGUGUUUCCACUCGGCAGUUUCCUCUUUCAUCCAAACUCCACUUGUUGAUGUUGAUGCUAAUUCGCAGCGCGGGGAUAUUUCUCUGCGUAAUUUGGAUGAAGCCCCGGUCCGACGGCAGGGACCGGGACGUUUGGAGUUCCGUGGGCGGCAGAUGGUGGUGAUGUGCGCCGGUAACAGCUUCCAGCAUUAGAUCGUGUUACAGGCAGCUACGGGUGCGCAGGGGCAUGGGGAACCAGGUGGACAAGCUGUCACAUUUAAGUUACGCAGAAGUUCCCACCGUGGAUCCGAACGGCGUGGACACCGAGGACGGCCCGCGGAUCGGCGUGUCUUACAUCUUUUCAAACGACGACGACGAGCUGGAGGACGGAUGCGCGGUCGACGGCACCGACAAGGACCCGAACCAGGAAGAGAAGCAGUUCGACCAGCGCGACGAGGUGGAGUGCGCCGUGUACAACAGAGACGAAUGCAUCUACGAGAAGAGCGUCCGGUCCGGCUCCUGCCUGGAGGUCUACUCCCCGGAGAACCUGCUCAACAAAUGCAAGGCGGGGGACCUGGUCGAGUUCGUGGCCACCGGUCAGUACCCGCACUGGGCCGUGUACGUGGGCGACUUCCAGGUGGUGCACCUGCACAGAGCCGAGGUGAAGAACAGCUUCCUGACGGACGCCAGUCAAGGACGGAGGUGCAGGAUAGUCAACGACCUGUACAAGUUCAAAGCUCUGGGGGCGGACAUGGUGGUCCAGAACGCCAUGGAGCAGGUGGGCUUGAAGGACCGGGAGUUGAGCUGGAGGAACUCCGAGUGCUUUGCCGCCUGGUGCAGGUUCGGCAAAAGGGAGUUCAAAAUGGGAGGGGAGAUCCGGAUCGGAAAACAGCCGUACAGGUUGAAAAUCUUCAUGUCUGAUAAACACUCACACGUGUUGGAGUUUCAGAGUUUGGAGGAUAUGAUCAUGGAGAAGAGGAGGAACGACCACCUGGGCAGGACAGCCGUGCUGCAGGAGCUGGCCACGCAUUUCAGCAGCGUGGAGGAGAUCCAGAGUGACCCGGGACUAGGGUCCGACCCUGGAGCGGACUGAGGUCCGACCCUGGAGCGGACCGAGGUCUGACCUGGUCCCUGCUGUCCCAGUAGAGUAGCCUUUACCAAACUGUGCCACAGUGUGCUGUGGUCCAGGACGAGCCUUCAUCCCACUCAGCUCAUGUCAUGUCUGUGUAUGUUUUCACUGUGGGUGACCAGGUUUGGACCACCUGGUGUGGGCAUGUGGAUCCAGUGUCUCACAUGAACGAGUUCAGGCAGGUUUAAGUCAGGUUUACAUCCACAUGUCAUGAAUUUUAACCAACUUUUUAGAAAAUCUGGAAAACAGAAAGUGGGUUUUCUGAUUAUUUUCAGGUUAGUAAAAUAAAUUAUUGCUCAUUUUAUUCAUUUUUGUGUAUUUUAUUCAUUUUUUCCCCUGCUCAUUCUGUUAAUUUUGUUGCUUCUGUUAUACAUUUUUGACCAGUUUGUUGUUUAUUUCCUUAAUUUUU